GGCCGCCACCAUGUCGGCCUCGGCCGUCUUUAUUCUCGACGUCAAGGGCAAGCCCCUGAUCAGCCGUAACUAUAAAGGCGAUGUGGCGAUGAGCGAGAUCGAGCACUUCAUGCCUCUGCUUAUGCAGCGGGAGGAGGAGGGCGCCUUGGCCCCGCUACUGAGCCAUGGCCGGGUCCACUUCCUGUGGAUCAAACACAGCAACCUGUACUUGGUGGCCACCACGCUGAAGAAUGCCAACGCCUCCCUGGUGUACUCCUUCCUCUACAAGACGGUGGAGGUAUUCUGCGAGUACUUCAAGGAGCUGGAGGAGGAGAGCAUCCGUGACAACUUUGUCAUUGUCUACGAGCUGCUGGACGAGCUCAUGGAUUUCGGCUUCCCACAGACCACGGACAGCAAGAUCCUGCAGGAGUACAUCACACAGCAAGGUAACAAGCUGGAGACCGGCAAGUCGCGGGUGCCGCCCACCGUCACGAACGCUGUGUCUUGGCGCUCCGAGGGCAUCAAGUACAAGAAGAACGAGGUCUUUAUUGAUGUCAUAGAAUCUGUCAACUUGCUGGUGAGCCUACACACUUCCACACCACCCCCGCCACAGCCUGGGGGGCUGGAGAUGGGACCCUAUGUCAAUGUCAAUGGCAGCGUCCUGCUGAGCGAGAUCGUGGGCACCAUCAAGCUCAAGGUGUUUCUGUCGGGAAUGCCAGAGCUGCGGCUCGGCCUCAAUGACCGCGUGCUCUUCGAGCUCACUGGCCGCAGCAAGAACAAGUCGGUGGAGCUGGAGGACGUCAAAUUCCACCAGUGUGUCCGUCUCUCACGCUUUGACAACGACCGCACCAUCUCCUUCAUCCCUCCAGAUGGCGACUUUGAGCUCAUGUCCUACCGCCUCAGCACACAGGUCAAGCCGCUGAUCUGGAUUGAGUCUGUCAUUGAGAAGUUUUCCCAUAGCCGUGUGGAGAUCAUGGUCAAGGCCAAGGGGCAAUUUAAGAAGCAGUCAGUGGCCAACAGUGUGGAGAUAUCCGUGCCCGUACCCAGUGAUGCUGACUCCCCGCGCUUCAAGACCAGUGUGGGCAGUGCCAAGUACGUGCCAGAGAAGAAUGUCGUUAUUUGGAGUAUUAAAUCCUUCCCGGGGGGCAAGGAGUACCUGAUGCGAGCCCACUUCGGCCUCCCCAGUGUGGAGAAGGAGGAGGUGGAGGGACGGCCCCCCAUCGGGGUCAAGUUCGAGAUCCCCUACUUCACUGUCUCCGGGAUCCAGGUCCGGUACAUGAAGAUCAUCGAGAAAAGCGGUUACCAGGCCCUACCCUGGGUGCGCUACAUCACCCAGAGUGGCGAUUAUCAACUUCGUACCACCUAGAAGGGAGAAGUGGGGGCUUGAACGCGGGGCCUCCCUCUGCCCAGGCCCUGGCUGCAGAUUUUAGAAAGGGAGGGAAGCUGGGGUGUGUGAGGGGCAGGCCCCUGACUUAGCAGUUUCUUGCUCCUGGCCCCCAGCCCCCUCGUCGCCUCUUCCUCUAUCCAUUGGCUGGGAGAGGUGGUCUCCCUGCCUCCCUCACUCUUGGGGCUUCUCCCCUCCCCCCGGUUUUAUAUGAAGAAAUAGAAGAGGGGCUUGAAGCCCCCUCAUGAGUGCCUUCUUGCAGUGACCUGCCUUAGGGGAUGUCAGGAGCCCUUCAUCCUUCAUAGCUGCCGAGCCCAGAGGGCCCGGCUGGCCCAUUCCUCUGUGUUUCAGAUGUCAUUAAAAAGAUGAAUCUA